AUGGCGGCCGCGGCCCCGCCGUGCGUCCCGCUGAGGCAGUUAGCGGGCGCCGCGCCGCCCUCGUCCCCCUCCAUGGUAAGCGCCGCGGUCUGCGCCCUCCCCGCUGGCCCUCGCCCGCCCCUCCGGUGGGCUCCAUGCCCCCGGCCACUGCCCCGCCCGCCGCCAUGGGCUGCACAGGAAGUUCAUGAAGUGGAUCAUGGUCUUAUUAACCAGCUGCUUGCUGAUUCAGAGGAGACUCUCAGUUCGUGCACAGAGAAAAUGCAGGGUCCUGCUCAAUAUAGCUGGAGUGCUGACUGGACCUUUUGGCUCUCAAGUUCCACUUACAAGUAUAGGAGUGAGGAAUUCAAGAGACAGUUUUCUCAUCUGCCAGAGUCGGAGAGACUCAUAGUAGACUAUGCCUGUGCGCUCCAGAAGGAUAUCCUGCUGCAAGGACGUUUGUAUCUCUCUGAAAACUGGCUCUGUUUCCACAGCAACAUCUUCCGAUGGGAGACCACAAUUUCUAUUGCUUUGAAGGAUAUCACUUUCAUGACAAAGGAGAAGACUGCUCGGCUCAUUCCAAAUGCCAUACAAAUAGCAACAAAAGGAGAGAAGUUUUUCUUCACAUCAUUCAGUGCAAGAGACAGAAGCUACCUCAAUAUCUUCCGUUUAUGGCAGAAUGUGUUGCUGGAUAAGAGGCUGACUAAGCAGGAAUUCUGGCAGCUGGUGCACCAGAGCUAUGGCUCUGAGCUGGGGCUGAACAGCGAGGAGAUGGAGAGCUUCCACUCGUCAUCUGAGGACAACGGGCAGCCUCGAUCUAGCAUUUGUGAUGAUUCUGGAGAAAAAGAUGAAAAACUACCUAAACCAACAGAUUUAGUUCAGGAGCCCACACUUCAAGCAGAAGGAGAGUCACUCAACAGACACGUGUUGCCAGGAGUGGAGGAGUCCUCAAGUGAGAAGCAAAUGAAGAGCCCUCUUCCAUCUUCAGAACGAAAACCCAUUAAGCUAGUCAGAAGCAGGUCUUUGGAAAAGUCCUUGGACCUGAAUGAGAAUGAAAAUCUUCCAGAGAAGAGCAGUGCCUCAGAUAGUGAAGAAGCAGCGAAGGAGACUGCCUCUGAGAAUGAUCUCUAUGGGAGACUUUUUAUAAACAGAGUUUAUCACAUCACUGCAGAGAAGAUGUUUGAAAUCCUGUUCACCAAUUCUCACUUCAUGCAGAGGUUUCUCAGUUCCAGGAGUAUAGUUGAUGCUGUAUCGACCCCUUGGAACAGAGAUUCCAGUGGCAAUCAGCUGAGAACUUUGACUUACACUGUAACAAUUAACAAUCCACUUUGUGGGAAGUUCACAACUGCAACUGAAAAGCAGAUCCUGCAUAAGCAGAGCCAGAAAGGUCAGUCUUACCAGGUGGAUGCUGAGAUACUGACCCAUGAUGUCCCCUACCACGAUUAUUUCUAUACUGUGAACAGAUACUACAUCAGCCGCACCUCCAGUCACAAGUGUCGGUUACGGGUUUCUGCAGAAGUGAAGUACAGAAAACAGCCUUGGGGCCUUGUCAAGUCUGUAAUUGAGAAGAAUACCUGGGGAGGAAUACAGGAAAACUUCAAACAACUUGAAUCAGAUCUCCUACUGGAGGAGUAUGCAAUCAAUCAGUCCAUAGAAGACUCUGGAAAAUUAGUAGCCCUGAGACGAAGGCGACGCACUUUACACCGGAGUCUGGCAGAAUCGCUUCCCAAACGCACUUCCCAGCACUCUGCUGGUGACAUGGGAGUAGUGUCUCAGGGCAGCAUAAUAGGAAGGAAAAGAGAUGCUGUAAGUAGGACCACCACCAUCAUUAUAGUAAUGAGUGUCUUUUUGCUGCUCUUGGUCUUGCUGAAUAUAACCCUGUUUCUCAAACUAUCAAAGAUAGAGCAUGCAGCUCAGUCCCUCUAUCAUGUGCAGCUUCAGGAAGAAAGCUCUUUCAACAUGUCCCCAGAAAUGGUAUCAAAAGAGGAGAUCCCUCAAUAUGAUAAGGAACAGGUUAAACAUGUGAAGGGAGUUUUAAGAGACUCAAUUGAAAUGCUUGAGCAGCUGAAGAUCUCCCUUUCUAUGCUCCAAAGAAGCUUUGACCACUUGAACAGGACACAGAGCAGCAAGACUGAGAGUUAAUACCCACGUGAGCUUCCCAUUUGAGAUGCUGGAAGAACAGAUGUGUGUGUGAGAAGACUUGAGGGGUAGGGAUUUUUAA